AUGGCCAUCAUCAUGUUUCUUGUCCUCUUGGGUGGUCUCACUUUGGGUUUAAUGGGUAUGGACGAAACCAACCUUCAUGUGCUUAUUCAGUCGGGUACAGAAACCGAAAAAGUGAAUGCGAAGAAAGUACUUAGCUUAUUGGACCGAGGUAAACAUUGGGUGUUGGUGACAUUACUCUUGUCAAAUGUCAUUGUCAAUGAGACAUUACCCAUCAUCCUCGACGGUGUUCUUGGUGGUGGUUGGAAGGCUGUCGUCAUUUCAACUGCUCUCAUUGUCAUCUUUGGUGAAGUCAUUCCUCAGUCUGUUUGUGUCCGUUAUGGUUUAGCUAUUGGCGCUAAAACAGCUGGAAUGGUCCUCGCCUUAAUGUAUCUCAUGUAUCCCAUUGCUUAUCCAACUGCUUUACUUUUGGAUUAUUUCUUGGGUGAAUCUCAUGGAACGAUUUAUAAAAAAGCAGGUUUAAAGACGCUUGUCUCAUUACACCAAUCUGUCAACCCAGCUGAUGUGGAUGCAUUAACAGAGGAUGAAGUGACAAUUAUCGGUGCAGUUCUUGACUUGAGACAGAAGCCUGUAUCCCAGAUCAUGACACCUAUUGCCGAUGUCUUUACAUUAUCCACUGACGAUAUUCUUAAUGAGGAAACGGUUGAAAAGAUCCUUACUGCUGGUUAUUCUCGUAUUCCUGUUCAUGCCCCUGGGGACAACGCCAAUUUUGUAGGUAUGCUUUUGACCAAACGAUUAAUUACCUAUGACCCAGAAGAUGCGCGACCCGUCAAGGACUUCCAGAUCAGCACCUUGCCCGAAACAGGUCCAGAUACCAGCUGUCUCGAUAUCCUCAACUUCUUCCAAGAAGGCAAAAGUCAUAUGGCUUUGAUUUCAAACGAUCCUGGAGGACAAACAGGAGCAUUGGGUGUCAUUACACUUGAAGAUGUAAUUGAAGAAUUAAUUGGUGAAGAGAUUAUUGACGAGACAGAUGUUUAUGUUGAUGUUCAUAAUAAAAUCAGGGUUGUCCGUAGACAAGUGACAAACAGUAGAAAGAACAGCCAAUUGACUCGCUUAUUAACAGCUCACAAAAGACAAACACACCAAAAGGUACCUGUUCGUGAAAACUCGGUAGGAUCGAUCAAAAGGGAAACGUCACAGCAUAAGAAAGUAGUAGAACCCUUUUUGAAGCCGGUUUAUGGUACAAUAACCGAUGAAAACAUGAUGGCUGCCUCACCUGAGCCUCAUGAGAGCCCAUUAAAGUCAAAGAUGAAUGGUGAAUCCGAGCCUCUGUUGAAGAAAUAA